AUGGCGACCACGAACGCCGUGAUGACUGAUGCUCCUUCGAUGGGUGUCGAGUCCGCAGGUCCCUUCUCCCUCCGCCAGCGCUUCAAAAUCUCAGAUCUACCUCUCGUCAAAGAGAAGCGUUCCGCCAUUGACACCCUUCUUCUCAAGUUCAAGAAACAGGGGGGUUACGAUAGCCUCCGCAAACAAGUCUGGGCUUCAUACAAUACUUCCGAUGCAAAGACUGCCCUCACACACCAAAUUCACGCCAUCGCCGAUGCGGAGAUCGAAAAGGACACGAAUCUUCUCGCCCGUGAACGUGGCAAGGCUGCAACACUCAUCCAGGGCGCUGUCGAUCGCAGUGGUCUAUAUCAAGAUGUGGAGUCAAGAAUUGACACAGAAAUUGCCAAACAUUUAUCUAUGGUUCUAGAUGCUGUCCGGGAGAUUCGAAAAGCAGAUGUCGGUCUCGAAAUUGCUGCGCAGGAGGAAGCGCAAGGCAGCAAGACAGAUGAUCAGUACAGAAAAGAGACAGAAGGUCGGACCGUUGAGCGGGAGAAAAAUCGGGCAAGAAUGGAUCAGUUGCUUCGAGAAACAGCUGAGCUUAAAGCUAAAAUAAAGAUGGAGGAAGAAAGGAAGCGCAAAAAGGAAGAAGCUAAGCGUGAAGAAGAAGAGCGGAAGAAACGCGAGGCUGAAGAUGAAGCACGGAAGCUUGCGCGGGAAAAGCGCAGGAAGGAGGAGGAAGAGCGUGAGGCAGAGAGGAUCAAGGCUCGAGAUGAACGACAUCGAAAACGUGAAGAGGAGAGAAAGGAACGUCAGGCUCGGUAUGAGCGAGAAAGAGACUCGGAAAGAGACCGUGGGCGUGACCGUGACCGUGACCGUGAUCGCGAUCGAUCGCGGGACCGAGAUCGAGAUCGGGAUUCCAAACGAAUUUCGACGCGGCGGGAUUCAUAUCAACCAUCUCAUGACAAAGAAAUGAAAACACCUGCGACUGAACAAGAACUUGAAGCCGCUGCACUUGAACUACUGUUGAGCGAGGGCAAAAAGCUAGCCGAGAAAUCCAAAGAGCGGCGAGAGUACGAUUUUGAGAAAUCAGAAAUACACCAUAGCUCCCGGAAGAGUGCAGGGACUGAUCACUAUCCUAAAAAGAGAGAGAGAUCGCGAGACAGCUAUAAACGUGGUCACGAGCGACGAAGCAGAUCCCCUAUCAAGAGAGCACCAAUCCCUCAGCCGUCGAAGUUAGAGAAAGCAGAUCCUCCUCGCCAACGAAGCCCCAGCAGAGAUCGUGAAGAAGGUGAAACCCAAAGCCAACAAGCCUCUCCUGUGCCUGUCAAAGACAGAGAAAAGGCUCCAAUCCGUGAACGCAGACCUCGUUCAGCAUCGCCUGCAGGAAUCGACCGGUACGUCCCAGGCGGUGGUACUCACCGUACGGCAGAGGAGCGAGAACGCGAUCGGGACCGCCGCAAGGCGAGAGAUGGUGAUCGCGAUCGCGACGGUGAAUCACGAAGAAAGAUCGAUAUUCAUCGCGCGGACCGAGAUAGAAGUCGCGACCGGGAAGGGGAUCGCGACAAAACCCGUGAUGAGCCCAGACGAGAUCGGGAUCGGGACCGAGACCGGGACCGGGACCGAGAAAGAGAUCGAGGUCGCGAUAAAGACAAGGGCGACAGAUAUCGUGCACGAGACUAUGACAGAAGUCGAAAUCGGGACCGUGAUAGAAGCCGUGACCGCGAACGAAGUCCAAGGCGUCGAGACGACGAUCGCCGCGAUACCAGGAAAGAGGCCGGACGUGAGGACAAGAGAGAUGAUCGAAGAGACGACAGAAGAGACGACCGCAGGGAUGAUCGAAGAAGUGACCGUCGGGAUGACAAGCGAGAUGACCGACGGGGUGACAGAAGAGACGAUCCCCGCGACGACAGACGUGAUGAUAGGCGCGAUAGCCGAAGAGACAGAGACAGAGACAGCCGCCGCGAUAGAGAGAGAAGUCCUGGCCGACGUGAUCGAGAUCAUGUUCAGAUUGAUCGGUAUGUACCUGGACGCUAG